AUGACAGCAGAAAUCCCCAGCAUACAAGCUGCGGCUCUAAUCAAAGAUCCCGGGCCUAAUGCGCGAAUCGAAAUUUGCCAUGACUAUCCUGUUCCUCAGCCAGGGAGAAAUGAAGUCUUGCUGAAGAUGGAAUGUUCAGGCAUAUGCUAUUCCGACAUUUACGUUUACACGGGCAACAACCCUUAUUACAACGAAGUUCCCUGCCACGAAGGUGUGGGCAAAGUAGUGAAGCUUGGUCCUGAUGCUGCAGAUACUCUGCUUGGCCAGAGGGUCGGGCUUGGAUGGAUCUACAGCGUCUGCGGCCAAUGUUACAACUGCACUGCUGGUCGCGAUAAUUGGUGCGUGAAUCAAGCCAACACUGGUACCGAUAAGCCGGGGACCAUGCAGCAAUACGUCGUCGCCAACGCGGACUACCUGAUGCCAAUCCCUGAUGGAUUGUCAUCGUUUCAUGCUGCGCCAUUUCUCUGUGGCGGCGUCACCAUGGCUGGUGCUUUGUCACUCUGCGAUGAUGCCCUUGCGGAUGGCGAUACUCUGGUCAUUUCUGGUUCAGGAGGUGGUUUAGGACACUUGGGACUACAGCUCGCUUUUAAUCUGACAAGCAAGAAGGAUUUGAAGAUCAUCGCCAUCGACAGAGGAUCGACGAAGAAGGACUUCAGCUUCAGUCUAGGAGCAACUGCUUUCGUCGACUUCCAGGCAGAAGAUGUUGUCCAAAAGGUCAUGGAACUGACGGAUGGGAAAGGCGCCGACGCAGCUAUCGUUGUGCCAGCGGCAACAGAGGCCUUUGAUCAGGCACUGAAAUACCUCAAGUUUACUGGAACAAUGAUUUGUGCUGGUAUCACUCGAAUGGACUAUCGCCUUCCGAUUUCUCCUACCGAGCUUGAGUAUAGAGGGUUGGCGAUUAAAGGCUGUCAUGUUGGAACUGAAAAACAGUUGAAAGAGUUGCUCGUCUCCGCAGCGAGGAAGGAAAUAGUCCCUAGAGUCGAAGUCUUUGAGUUUAAGAAGACGGGGGAGCUGUUUGAGCGAAUCAAGCGCGGAGACAUAGUCGGUCGCUUUGUGGUUCAGAUACCGCAGUGA